AUGGCGUCCAAUCCAAAGCGAACAUUCAUGCUGAUUCUGUGCUCUGUGCUGCUGGUUGCCGGGGUGGCCCGCGGCGGCAAUUUCAACCAGGACGUGGACAUCACGUUUGGUGAUGGGCGCGGGAAGAUCCUCGACGGUGGCAACCUCCUGACGCUAUCCAUGGACAAGGCUUCCGGCUCCGGGUUCCACUCCAAGGACCAGUACCUGUUCGGCCGCUUCGACAUGAAGAUCAAGCUCGUCCCCGGCAACUCCGCCGGCACUGUCACCGCUUUCUAUCUUACGUCGCCGCCGCAGGGGGCGCACCAUGACGAGGUCGACUUCGAGUUCCUGGGGAACGCGAGCGGCCAGCCCUACACGGUGCAGACCAACGUGUUCAGCCAGGGGCAGGGCAACCGGGAGCAGCAGUUCCGCAUGUGGUUCGACCCCACCAUGGAUUUCCACACCUACUCCAUCGUCUGGAACCCCACCCAUAUCCUGUUCUACGUGGACGGGACGCCGAUACGGGAGCACCGGAACCAGGCGGCGAGGACGGGGGUGCCGUUCCCGACGCGGCAGCCGAUGAGGAUGUACGCGAGCCUGUGGGACGCGGAGGCAUGGGCAACCGAGGACGGGCGCAUCAAGACGGACUGGUCGCGGGCGCCGUUCGUGGCGUCGUACAAGGAGUUUGUGGCGAGCGGGUGCACGUCGCAGGAUGUGGCGGCGUGCGCUAGGUCCAAUGGCGCGUGGAUGCACCAGGAGCUCGACACCACGGCGAAGGCCCGCCUCCAGUGGGUGCAGAAGAACCACAUGAUCUAUAACUACUGCGCCGACACCUGGAACCGGUUCCCGCACGGCCCCCCGCCAGAGUGCGCCGCCGCCAAGUAG